GUUGCUGCUACGUGCCGCUCCACCUGGAGAGAAGCAGGAAGCAGGGGGAGAGCGUGCAGUGUUCCCUGCAGAUGUUCAGCAGAUGAUGCUGACUAGAGCGGGUCUUCCUGAAGAACAGUCUUGACGUGGACCUGCAGGACCCAGAGCCCCUCCACAUAAAGGAAGAACAGGAGGAUUUCUGGACCAGUCUGGAGGAAGAGGAAUCCAUCAGACGGAGGAAAAUGGUACCACCAGGUUUCCCUUCACUGCUGAUUCUCUGAAGAGAGAUGAUGAAACCCAAAUGGAAAACAGAGAUGUUCGAACCAGCAGCUCAGAUGACCCGUUGAAGGUAGAAACUGGUGGCGAGGACUGUGGAGGAGCAGGAACUACCAUGAAUCUGGAUUUAAAUGCUAAUGGAGAUAAUUCCAGCUCUUCAGAAACUGAAGUCAGUGAAAAUGAUGAAGGAAGCAACACUGACUCUGAUCUGAAACCCUUAUCAGACUCUGGGUCAACAACUGAAGACAGUGACAACGACUGGAAGGAGAGCAGAGCCCCUGAGUCAGGUGGCAUCUCUGUCAAUAAAUGUUUCAGCUGCUCUAAUUGUGGUAAACGGUUCCUCCAUAACCGGUCUCUUCAGAGACACAUGACCUGUCAUUCAGGAGUCAGGUCUUCAAACUGUUUGGGUCAUAAGAAAAGUGUUGAAGUGAAAGAAAGUGCAGAAUCACACAAGAAGGUUCAGGAAACACCAAAAUCAUUUAGCUGUGGUAAAAAUUUUAACAGUAAAAGUGAACUUAAAAUGCACAUGAAAAGUCACAGAGGAGAGAAACUGUUUGGAUGUGAUGUUUGCGGAAAAGAAUUUAGCCGUAAAGCAAACUUAAACACACACACAAGAGUCCACACUGGAGAGAAACCAUUUAAAUGUGACAUUUGUGAUAAAAGAUUUAACUUAAAGCAUCAUUUAAGCACACAUGUAAGAAUCCACACUGGAGAGAAACCGUAUAUUUGUGAUGUCUGUGGAGAGAAGUUUACCCAACAGACGACACUAAACAGACACAUGAGCGUUCACACAGGACAGAAGUCGUGCGUUUGUGUUUUUUGUGGAAAACAGUUAAACCGAAAGACAAAUUUAACAAUGCACUUGAGAAUCCAUACUGGACAGAAAUCUUUUGCUUGUGACAUUUGUGGACAAAGAUUUACCCGAAGGACACAUUUAAACCGACACAUGAGAGUCCACACAGGACAGAAACCGUUCGGUUGUGAGGUUUGUGGACAACGGUUUGCACUUAAGACAACUUUAAAAAGACACGUAAGAGUCCACACAGGACAGAAACCUUUUGCUUGUGAUUUCUGUGGACAAAGAUUUAGACACAGGACAAGUUUAGACAGACACGUUGGAAUCCACACAGGACAGAAAAUGUUUGCUUGUGGAGAUUGUGGACAAAGAUUUAGCCGUAAACAAAGUUUGAACAAACACGUGAGAAACCAUACGGGAGGACAAACAGUGUUGCUGUGAAGAUUGAGACGUCUUCUCUUCCUACCAUCUGAUUUGGAGUUCGUAGUUUACAAAAAUAAAGAUGACACUUGUAAACUGGUUUGUUAAAAUGUGUUCGGCACUGGUGAUGAUGUAAAACCGUCUUCGCUGUG